AUGAUUUCCUCUCAAGCUAGCGCUGUAGCAUGCACCGUGCUCGGAGACCUGAAGCGCAAGCUCGAAUCUCAAGCCAAUGCGCAAGCUAGACGAUCAGAAGUGUGUGUGUCGGUUCUGUACUGUGACAGACCACAAGAAUCACAACGUUAUUCCAUUAGAGGAGGAGAGUGGAGAGAGGAGGUCUCCACAGAACUGAAGAGGAUUCAGCGGUAUGCAGUGGAUGUGACUAUGGAUACUGAUACAGCUUAUCCUCGUCUCAUCCUGUCUGAUGAUGGAAAACAAGUGACGUAUGGAGACACAAAGCAGAAUCUCCCAGACACCCCGAAAAGAUUCACUUAUCAUCCAAUUGUCCUGGGAAAUCAGGGUUUCUCCUCAGGGAGGUUUUACUAUGAGGUGCAGGUCAGCAGGAAGACUGAGUGGAGUUUAGGAGUGGUCAGAGAGUCUUUUAACAGGAAGGGGAAAAUUGAGACAUUUAAACCUCAGGAUGGAUUCUGGACUGUGAUUCUGAGGAAGGGGAAUGAGUAUACUGCUCGUGAUGAUCCCUGUAUCCCCCUCUUCCUGAGAGAGAAACCCCAGAAGGUGGGCGUGUUUGUGGAUUAUGAUGAGGGUCUGGUCUCCUUUUAUGACGUUGAGGCCAGGUCUCAUAUCUACUCUUUCACUUGUCAGUCUUUCACUGAGAAACUCUAUCCAUACUUCAGUCCUUGUUUGAAUGAUGGAGGUAAAAACGCAGCACCACUGAUCACCUCUCGUGUAUCAAAGACUGAAUAAGUUCUCACCUCAUCUAUUCAGUAAUGUAUGAAAUGGCCAGAAUGGAAGACACUGCAUCUCUUUUUUCGAUUUGUAAGUAAAGUUGUGUAAAUGUUUUUCGUGUGCUUUUCAUGUGCUUUUUUGUUUUUUAUUUUUAAUAAAUUUGCAAAGAUUUCAAACAAACUUCUUUUGUGUUUUCUUCUGUUUGUGCUUUUUCCUCAUUGCAUAUGUAUUUG